CUUUCAGUUGUUGCUGCUAGGCAACAACAGACGGCAAGCGUGCUAGCUUUAAUGGUAAAUCCGUGCAGUUGGGUUUCACGGUGUAAAAGCUUGAGUUAAACCUACAUAGUGAUGAAAUAUCCUGAUGUUAUUUGUGUGCACUCAGUUGCGGAUUUCUUCUUAAAAUGUCGGAGACUCGAUUUCAACCACAACCGCACAAAUAUGAGCCAAAAGAUGCAGAAUAAUGUCUGUGUUUGCGGCUACCGAUGCAGCCUCCUGUGCUGCUGUACCAGAGCUGGCUGAGAUGGACCACCAUGUAAACCACAUAUAGUUCAACAGGGUUAAUGGGCUUAACGCUGCUAAUGCUGCUGAUAACAUGGCUAAUGCGUGGUGUGAUGGGCUGCAGAGGAUUCCCUUGUAAAGAAUAUAAUAGAUCCAAUUUAAGGAUGUCUUCAACUCUCAUCCGCCACUAAUGGGGACCUAAGAGACCCACCACUGGAUUUCUUAAUUGAAACUUCUUCUCCUUAGAGAAACUGGAAAGUAAACAUCAGCUGCCAUGCGUAUCAGUCUCUGCCAGGGCCUGUUAACCGGCGCCAUCGUCCUCAACCUCCUCAUUCUCUACUAUGUGUCCCGGGCCCAGCAGCAAAUGAUGGACAAGAGGAAGGAGCUUGGCAGGGGCACGAGGAGGGCUGCCCUACCUGCCUCCGGUCUGGGGGGAGGACUGGGGAUACUGGUAGGAGCUGGAGGUGAGCCGGGAGUGGUUGGAGGUGAGGGACACAGCCGUGGCCCACGUGUGACUGUUCUUCUCAGGGAGUUUGAAAACUUUGAGAAUUAUGUUGGGGAUGUAGCUAAUUCCUUCCUCCGCCAGAGACCUGAGCUUCCCUUCCUGGCUGUGGCUGACACGUCUCCGUACCCUCCCCUGGUGCUUCCGGAGGGGGCGCGCCUUCUAGUCCUCACCCCUAGUCCCGACCAGCCGCCGCAAGCUCACAGGCCGGAGUUCCACGUCCAGACGGAGUUUGUGCUGCUGGUGCCGGACGGGGUGGAGUUGGAACAACCCCGUGCUAUCGAGAGGCUGAUCAGGGAGUUGGAAGGUGAGGGCGGGGGGCCUGUGAGGCUGGUAGCUGCGCCCGUGCUGGCUCGAUCUGCCGUGCAGUGUCUCCACCUGCGGGUGAACCUCAGAGAGUGGACAGCCACCUACUCGCCGGCCGCGUCUGGGAGCAGCGGGAGCGUGUGUACAGCUUUACAAGGAGAUGCAGUCGUCCUCAUUCGCACUGAGGAUCUCUUUAACCUCUCCGUCCCUCUGGGGCGGCCCCUCUUCUCCUCGCUCUUCGUCCAGACUGCCUUGAGAGGCUGGAAGGUCAAGCUGCUGGAGGGCCCUUGUUUCUCCGCAGCUCACCGGCCCCUCUUCGGCUCCGCUCACAGCCAGUGGAAGGCCGACACUCGACUGAAGGAGGCCACUGGGAAGCUCAUGAGGAGCUUUGGUAUGAAGCGUCUCCUGCUGCCCGAUGGGAAGGAUCAGUGGUACGGCUGCAGCAAAGAGACACCUCGCUGCUUUGGCACCGUGCAGGAUGACACUCCAGACUACCUUUAUCUGGAUCGCUGGACACCUCCCUGCUGUCUGCGUGCUCUCAGGGAAACCACCAAGUAUGUCAUCAAUAUCCUGGAGACCUCAGGUGUGCGCUACUGGCUGGAGGGUGGGACUCUGCUGGGCGCCGUCCGCCAUCAGGACAUCAUCCCAUGGGAUUAUGAUGUGGACCUGGGCAUCUACCUGGAGGACGUACCCAACUGCGAUCACCUGAAGAAUCUGGACUCAGGCUCUCUUGUGGAUGCUAACGGCUACGUCUGGGAGCGGGCAGUGGAAGGAGACUUCUACAGGGUCCAGUACAGCGAGGCCAAUCACCUGCAUGUCGACCUGUGGCCGUUCUAUCCACGCAAUGGCGUCAUGACGAAAGACACAUGGACGGAGCACAAACAAGACGUGGAGUUCCCGGAGCACUUCCUGCAGCCGCUGGUACCCAUGUCCUUUGCCGGCAUCAGCGCCUACAGCCCCAACAACCACCGAGGCUUCUUGGAGCUCAAGUUUGGGGAGGGAGUCAUUGAGAACCCCCAGUAUCCCAACCCCGCAAAAAAGAGGCUGGACAGAAGCAAAUUAUGAGAGAUGAUAAAACACCUCAACUUAUUUUUAUUUAUUUAUUUUUUAAAACAGUCUAAAAGAUGAUGCCUGAACAUUAAAUAUGGUGCCAAAAUGACUGCAUUUGCUGUCAAUUUUACCACAGCUAUAUCACCAGUAUAAUCUCAUGCCUGGUCAAAUUUUCUCUAUUAUCAGUGUUUGGAUUUAAAGGGGACCUAUUAUGCUUUUGUGUUUUUUCCCCUUUAGUCUAUUAUAUGUUUUUUAUGUGAAAGUAAAAGUUCUGCAAAGUUACAAAGCCCAAAGUCCACGCCAAAGGGAGUUACU